CGCUAUAUGAAAGCGGAAUAUAAUUAAUUAGUUUAUUAGCAAAUUCAAUACUACAUAUUUAUGUGGAAAUAAGAACUAUUGAAUUCACUGAUUUAAGCAUUUUUUAAGGGGGGGGGGGGGGUUGAUAAGCUGUCCAGAGUUAAUGAUUGCAGAAUAUUCUUUCGAAGUUUAGGACAAUCUUAUUAUCAGAUGAUGGAAAAAAGAGCUUGAGUAAACCCGCAAGAACAUAAGGGACCAUUAUCUCAAGGUACUUCUUUUCUUUCUUGAGGAACAGUUAGUUGACACAUAUACAUCUCAAUUAUUAAAAGCUCAAAGUACAAAUUACACUUAACCAAGGUUGAAAAGAACAAGACAUCUUACAGGACACUUUAGAAAAGCUAAGCCAUCCCUUUUGUAAUAGGUCCGUGCAUUUGACAGAGUUCCAGGCCUCUUUUGUUCAUCCUGAGAAGAGCCCUUGUGAGUCAUUGAGUCAUUAAAGGUGUCCAUCAUCCAUAACCCCCACCCCUCAUACCUCUUGUUACCCGCCCAUUCAGCGAUCAGAAUCGCGGUAUUAUGAGGGGGUCAAAAUCGCUCCUGACUAGAUGCUAAAUAAGUCUGUCUUGGGGUGAAAAGGACCUGUUAUUGGCUGCCGAAAGCUCUGUUUGUUUGAUGGGCUGACUGGUGUUCAGUACGAAACUUGUGAAUUCCUGCAGUUACUCCUGUGUAUACUGUAGGCCUACCUGUUGUUUCUUUUUGUGAGAGGCGACUGGUAUUGUUCAUUUGUUGGAAUAAUUGGAGUUUUAGUAUGGAAAAAACACAUGCAUGAUACUAUACUCCUCGCUAUACAUGUAGAUUGAGGCUAAGGUGUGGAGACAAAGAGGAAAUUGUUUUGUCAAAGAUAAAUUUUGGAUUUACUUUUUGAACAGUGGCCUCUCCAGGGUUGAUCGUCAGAGUUUACAAGGAAUGCAUUAUAUCUAGACACCAUUGAUCGAUGGCUGAGUUGAGUGUUGAGUAUGGCAGCGUGUGAUAUGGUCACAUCUUCCUCUUCCACAUCGUACGGACUUCAUCAAGCCUCUCUGAUUCACAUCCCACCAUCAUCGGCCGACCAAUCACCUACCACCGUCCUCAGCAAUGGCACCAUGGGUAGCACCAGCAGUCUACUGGCAGACAGUGGUUACCGUGGCUACAGCGACACCACCACAAACAGCAACAGUUCUGUCUUUGAGGAGCCCCCUGCCCCCAACGACGACACCGAGUCGAUAGGUCCCCCAAAGCUCACUCCAAUUAGUGGAAAGCUUGAAAAGACCAAAGAAAAAAAGCUGAUCAAACCCAUCGCUGUCAGGUUUGCAUCUCCAAACACUUCUCCCACAGACACAUACAAACAGAUCUCUCCUCAGUCUCCCUCGUUAUCGGAUACCAUGGCAACGUACUCGCAUCCUCCUGAUAUCCUGAUGACCAACAAUAACCAUGGUUUCUCUGCCGGGAAGCACUUUGGCAAACCACCCACCAAGGCCAUGUCUCUACAGGACAUCACUCCGAUGCAGCAGACGUAUAGAACAAACGGGCACCAAAGCAACCAUAGUUCCAACGGCCACCACCAGUCCACGCUCCCCCACAAGGGUGAUGCCUCCCAACGCUCUGCUCUGCACCAGAAACUCCAGCAGGCGCAGUCUCUGAAUUUCAUCAACCGCGGUGGUGGCUGGGCGAACAUCCAUCAGAGUGGAACCGUCCCCGGGAAGAUCGGCAAUGGAGGGCGUCACCGCAGCCAUAGCCAGUCCAUGUACCCUGGAGAUGGACAGCGCCCCCUAGUGGCCUCGCAUGGGCAGGACACUAAGCAACAUAGCCAUCCUAACCUGACAUCGCCAAGGAACUACGGGGAAGACCAUGUCUAUGCUCCAGUCUCGGUUUCAUCGGUACCUGAGGAAUCAGAUUUGGCAGAAGAGAAUAGGAUCCUAAGGAAUAAAGUUCAGAACAAGCAUGAUCAGGACAUGAAGCACCAGCUUGUGACGAUGCGGGACACGAUGGAGGUCAACGAGCAGACCAUCUUCCAGGUCCAGGAUGAGAAACGGCGGGACUACGAGGGCCGCAUCAACCGUCUCCAGACCCAGCUCCAGCAGGAGAAGGAUUCCUCUCUCUCACAGCAGAGAUCCCAACAGCAAGAGAUUUACAGACUAGAGCAGGAUAGGAAACAGUUGAAGCUGAGGCUUGAGGACCUACAGAAAGAACUUUCAAGACUCAAAGACAAUGGCAAGAAGGUGGAGGAACAACAAUCAGUAUUAGCUGAAAGCCAGCAAGAAAUCACAAACAAACGAUACGAGAUCAAGCGUCUCGAGGAAAGCGUGAAGCGAUCUAAAGACGAACUGCAAUACGAAAAGGAGAAUGUGAAGCGAUUGCAAAUCGAGUUGGACAAAGCGAGGUUGCAAGUGACUAAAAGGACCAGUGGUGGCCAGCAGCAUUUGUUGAGUAAGAAGGAAUCAGAGUUGUUACAGGUGAAGGCUGAUGCCAAAAAGACAAUGGACCAAAGGGACAGCUUGAUGCUGAGGGUAAAGAACCAGGGUGAUGAGAUUGAUAGAUUGGGGGCGCUUGUCAAGACAAAAGAACAAGAACUGGCCCAGGAAAGAUGUGAAGUGGCAUACUUGAAAGAGGUCAAUGAAAGAAUGACCAGUGCGCUGAAAGAGAAGGAAGAGAAAGUUGAAAAGACAAAAGGAAGCGUGGAGGGUAGUUCUCAUAAUUCGAAAAAGAUUGAUGUAGUUGAACUUGAGCUUGGUAGGACAGUGGAAAAAUUACAGCAGCUGCAGACUGAGAAAGACAUGGAGUCUGCUCGGUUGCAGAAGAGAAUCGCAGAGAAAGAUGCUGAUAUUAAGAGACUUCAAGGAAGAUUACGAGAGCGUGGAAAGGGGAACGAGCGUAAUGGUGUUGAUAAUAAGACAAAUCCUACCCAGAGACGUCUUGAACAGGAUAGAUUAGAACUGCAAGCAAAGUUAGUGAAGCGAGAGCAAGAGCUCAAGCAAGCGAGGCAACAGGUAUUGACGCUUCAAACACAAGAGCGUAACUCGGGUCCAGCACUGUCAAACUCUAUACUUCAGAAGAAGGAAGCAGAGUUGAAAGCAUGUCAGGAGAAACUCCACCAACGGCACGCAGAAAUCACCUACAUCAGGGAAAAACUUGGUGAACGAGAUGCAGAAAUGACUGCCUUGAAAGUGAAACUUGACAGGGUACAUAGACAACACCCUGAGAAUGGUCGAAGGUCAGGCUCUUUAGACAGGGAACUGUCUGGAACACGAGCAGCAAAACAGCAGCUUGAAUCGCAUGUAAAAUCCCUCCAGGAAGAGAACGCUCGUCUCAAGGAAAAACUUAGUCGGGUGGCUGUAGGGGUGAGGACACUCUCUGAAAGCCAUUUGAACCUUGCAAAACUAUCCAUGGUACCCUCGGUUCCAGACAAACCAAAGUUUGAGCGUACGGAUCCCAAGGCUGUUGGUCAGCUCCAAAAGGAGGUUGCCAGUUUAAAGCAGGAGAUAUCACGUUUGAAUGAAGACAAGGAGAAGCAAACGGCAGAGUUUCGCCAAGAGCACGGUAUCUGGCAGGAGGAGAAACAUCGGGUCAUCGCCUACCAGAAGCAGCUGCAGCUCAACUAUGUGCAGAUGUGCCAGAAAAAUAAAAAGCUGGAACAAGAAGUCCAACAACUGACCAAAGAACUUGACAAUGAGGAAGUCAUACAGUGUUAGUGAUGAUCUUCUUAUGCUUUAAAGGGUCAGUUUGUAUGCAGUCCAUUCCAUGCAUUCAGCUAGAUGUUUUGGUGAUUGUUGGAAGAAUGUAUCUCUGAGUCUUCUCAUUUCCAAGAGUAUCAGUGAGGUAAAGAUAUUCCUGCUCAGAAACAAAAACAGAUGUAAUGGUUCUCAAAAUCUCCAAUACAAGAGUCGCUCAUGAUUGCCUAGAGGAUUCAAUUUAACAAUGUUUACAGGAAAGAGGUCUUGAGUAGCAGCAUAGUUUAAUAAGGAAGAGUAAUGUUCAAGUGUUUUUUUAUAUUAAUGAAGCAGUAAUAUACACUGCAGAUCAGCUAUGGUAGGGUGAAUGACCCACUUGGAUAGGAACUGGGCAACAGGUUCGGAUAGACAUAUUUUAUUCUAAAAAUAAGACCAUGAUAGCUAUCCACUGCCAAGAAUGAGAUUACGCCUCUGGAUCUAUAACAGAAUUAUAGUGGAUUUGGCUUUAAAAGUUAUAGUCACUGCCACAUAUUACACACAUUGUUUUACCUGGAAGUUUACCAGAGGAUUUAUUAACAGAUGUGCAUAAAUUAUAACACAGCAAAUUGCAAAAGAAAUGUAAGAUACAAGUAAUUAUAUUUUCUGCAAUUAACUUUUUUACUGUAAUUUUGAAAGUAAACUUUGAAAGUUAGUCAAAUAAAAAUUAUAAACAAUUAUACUCUCUGACUUCACCUAAUAUUCCAAAUGUAUAAUACUAAUUUUUGCAUUGAAAUUAAUUUAAUGUGUGUAAUUCCGGUUUGAAUAUUACUCUGUUUAUAGCUAUUGAUAACCACAAACAGCAUUCCGUUCACUCUUUUCAAAAGAGAUCAAUGUUUGUUUUUUUUAAAUAGGGAUGUCAAACAUAACAAAAUUGAUUUUAACAAUUAUUGGGACGUGAUAAUUGCAUUAAUAAUCAUCACAUCCAAUUUCUACUACUUUCUCAUUUUUAUUGUGAUUGUGUAUGGAUUUCUGCAAGUGAAAUAUGUGUAGAUUUAUGCAAGUUUUGGGUAAUAAGUCUUCAUAAAUUUUAUGGUUAAAAAAUGUAAACAUACAACUCAACAUUUCAACUGCAAAAGUGUAUUUAUGAUUGUGAACUCUGAUA